CAAGUUCAAUUGAUAUUUUAUCCACGUAUGGUUUGCUUGGAAAGAAACAUUGAUAGGAUAGAACUUUAUGACUCUUCUUCUUUUGCUGUGAUAAUCUAAAUGGGUAAACACAGAAAGAAACAUCUUAGAUUAUUACAUAGCGUAGAGGAAAGUGGAAGGGAGUUAGGAGCAAGAGUACAGGACACUGCUAAAGAAGCUUCUGAAAAACUCAAAUGCUGCAAAUUUUGCUUGAAAAUACAUAGUGAUUAGUAAACACUUCAGACAAACUACCUAGUUCUUUCAGACAUGAUUUCCAUAUCUAAUUUUUUUUCUUUUGGAAACCACCUAAACCUUUCAAUAGAAGUCUUUCAAGUUUCUCUCAUUCGGGUUGGAACUUUCAUACAAGCUCUCAUCAAACUCUGCUUAUAUUGCUGCAGCUUCACCCUCAUCUUGCAUUAUGAAGUUAUCCAAAUUCCAAAACCUUACAUAACAAACAUGAAAAGAGCUGUGAAAGAUGAGGAACAAUGGAUGUAUGUCAUUUUAUGUUUUCCCUUGUUCCUACCAACACCAAUUAUGUCUUCUGGCUUCCAACCUACACCAAACAUGUCUUUGAAGCCAGAGGCCAUCCAUUUUAGAUCACUUGCUUUGCAAAUGCAGAAUCAAAGUGAUCAGGCACUAACAUUGCUAGCUUUCAAGAAUAAUUCCGUUUCCGCUGAUCCCAAAGGUUUCUUGGCUGAUUGGACUCCUGGGAAUUUCAGUCCAUGCUCAUGGCAUGGGGUCAUCUGCUUUCCUCCUGGACAAGUUGUUCAUGCACUCAACUUCACCAAUGCUGGCCUGAUUGGCCAUUUGCAUAUCAAUAAUCUUACUGUCCUGGAAAAUCUCCGGUAUCUGUAUUUUAGUGGAAAUUCUUUCUCUGGAGAUCUGUUCCUCAAUAACUCUUCUCAUUCUUGCACCCUUGAAACACUUGAUUUGUCAAAAAACAACUUGUCAGACCCAAUCUCUGAAACAUUUUUCACCGCUUGCAAGCAUUUGGUUUCUGUAAAUCUUUCACAUAACUCAAUCCCAGGAGUUAGUUUCAACUUUGGACCUUCUCUUGUCCAGCUUGAUCUCUCAAACAACAAUAUUUUGGAUUUCUCAAUGUUCAGAUACUUCUCUCCAAGCUGUCAGGCUGUAAAUCUUGAAAGCAAAUUUUAUGGAAAACCUGAUAGCUUCUCAGGCUGCAGGAAUCUAUCAGUUCCAGGAGGAGCAACGACCACCAUCAUUCCUUCAUAUAUACCUAUGUCCCUUAAGUUUCUGGAUGUCUCUCACAACAACUUAAGUGGCAACUUCUCAAUGCUUGAAUUUGGGAGUUGUGCAAGCCUUCAGGUGCUCAACCUGUCCAACAAUGCUCUUUCUGGCACUGGAAUCCCUCAAAGCUUGACCAAUUGCCAGCUGCUCAAGAACCUUGACCUUUCCCAUAAUAAGCUGCAGGGAAAAAUCCCCAUUGAGUUGGGACAUCUUAGAAACUUAACACAUCUGACUUUGGCAAAUAACAACUUUUCUGGUGACAUCCCACCAGAAUUGAGUUCCAUUUAACUUGCAAAUCCCAGAUACCAAAUUCUCAGAGUUAGGUACACUGGAGAGAAGAAAGCAGCUGAAGAAAAUAAGUGCGGAAAAUAUGGCAGAAUAGCUGUAAAAUUACUAUAUUUUAAGGGAAUUCGACCGGAAAACCUGGUGAGAUUCCUGGAUCCGGACACUUGUUUGUGGGUGAAUUUCAUCAGCGUCUCUGUUGUUCAGACACCAAAGCCCCAGGGCAGCCUCGUAUACUUGGAUCUAUCUUCCAAUUUCUUGUCCGGAUCGAUCCCCCAUAGCCUGGUUUACAUGCACUCCUUGUCCUAUCUCAAUCUCGGAUACAACAACCUAACCGGAACUAUCCCCGACAUGUUCAGAAAUCUUACAGGGCUGGGAGUUGUCUACCUGUCUCACAACCAUCUCGACGGCCAAAUUCCGCUGUCGUUGGCGUCGCUGCCUCGGCUUAAUGACAUCGAUCUCUCAAACAACAGUCUCAGCGGCCCAAUACCACAGACGAAGGAGUUCUGGUCACUUCCGGCAUCUAGAUUCGAGAACAAUUCCGGGCUGUGCGGACACCAGUUGCAGGCUUGUGUAGCUUCGGAGGAUCCUUCUGAGGAGGAGGAAUUGGAGGGGGAAUUGGAGGGGUGGUUCUGGUUUGUUGUUGCGAUGGGGUUCAUCUCUGGGGUCGUGUAUGGGAUAUCUUUCGCAGAAAUUUGGCCUGGAAGAAUUGAAUCUCUGCUAGGGGAUGUCAUUAUUCUGAUGUCAUCAGUUGUUUUUUGGGUUUGGGAUUGAUGAAGUCUGAAAAAAUUGUUGAUGUGGUGUUUUCCCAUUGGGUUGGGAUACAUACAGCAGACUUUCUCGCAAUCGAGGGGGACGACACUGUUGAAGAAAUGCAGUUAAAGACA